CUCUCUGCAGCCCCUCACUCCACAUCCACUAAUCACCGGCCUCCUCCCAUUUCCAGCCCGAAAGCCACAAAAAGCAGAGGUAAGGUUCAAUUCAGAAAACCCAACAAGGAAGCAGGAAAAUGGGUUCACUUUCACUAUCACUUCAAGUUGUAUUGAUUUCCGCUGGUGUUUUGUCCCUAGCUUUGCUUCUCAAAGUCUCUGUUCCAUUGGUGGUAGAUUUCUCUGUUUAUCAAGCUCCUCUUAUAUGGGGCUCAAUCGCUUCCUGGCUUAAACCCCCUUAUCUUUAUGUUAUACUCAACUGCAUCAUCAUCACCAUCGCUGCCUCCUCUCGUCUCCAUCACAACCAUGGUGCCUCCGAUAAAGAACAGCAGGAGCAAAUACCACCUGCUCCGAAAAUCUCGAUUCAUGAGGCGCCGGAUCAGUUUCACUACCAGAUUAAGAUUUCGGCUGCGGAGAUUUUAUCCGAUUAUGGGGGUAUGGAGUCGACGGUUGUGGUGGCGGAGGAUGUAUACGAGCAGAGACAGGAGAAGAGUGGUGCAGGUCCUGUUUUUGAGAAUAAAAGUACUAUGGAGGUUGAGGAUGACUUUGCAAUCUCAAAGUCCACAUGGAUUCCUCCGAAGGGAAUGGAUUCGUCGGAGAAUCUGCCGGAGCUUCUUCUACCGUCUGAGAAACCUCUGGUUUCUGCUCGCUUUGGUCACCGGAAACCAGUUAGAGCUAGUCCUGAAGGUGGAAGAAGAGCGCUGAGGGUUGCGAAGCCAAAACGUCAGGAGACGUUGGAGAACACGUGGAAAACGAUAACGGAGGGCAGAGCGAUGCCGUUAACAAGGCACUUGAAGCAAUGUGAGACGUUCGAGAAUCACGGCCGUCGAGUCAACGUUUGUGAAGCGGACCCGUCAUCUCCACCGAAGAAAUCAGAGAAGUUCAAGUACAGGACUAAUUACCAGCUGCCACCCGUGGGCAACUCUCCUGCAUCAGGGAAGCUGAGAAAAGAGCCGUCAGUGAGUCAAGACGAGUUGAAUCGCCGAGUGGAGGCGUUCAUUAAGAAGUUCAAUGAGGAGAUGAGGUUGCAGAGGCAAGAGUCGUUGAACCAGUACAAGGAAAUGGUUACUUGUGGAAGCCAUUAAUUAUAAUUGCUUACUACAAUGCAGUUUUUUUUUUAAAAAAAGAAAGGAAGGAUUUUGAUGGGUUUGCUUUUUAUAGGAACAGGAAAUAUUUUGUUUCUUUUUUAAAAAAAUUUAUUCUCCGUAGGAGCUAGAAGUUGAAGCUAUAUGAAGUGUCUGUAAAGGAAGAAACUUAUUCUUGUUCUUUUAUUCACGUCUAAAGAGUGUUUAAAGAUUUGAUUCCAA